UCAUGCGGGAUCGCCAUUGGUAAGCACGUGUAUACUAUUUCACCACACAUGCACAUGAUGCCUAUAAUAUGUUGACGGUGCUACUGUUUGAGCGAGCGCAGCUACAUAUACACAUAUUUUGUAAUGUUCAUACUUUGACCAUUCGACCAGGUUCAAUUUAAAUAAUAUGUAGGCCCUAUUUGCCAAAUACUCGGUACAGUAAUGAAAUUAGGCAACAGAAACGGCCUACACUGUUUUUGCCUGGAGUUUUAUAUUGAAUAAUUAUUUAAGUCCUGUAUCAGGUUCUUGCUACAUUAAGAUCACUCCAAACUACCCAGCAUGAACAUUUUACAAACAUUUUAUGAAUGUGAUUGAAAUAUUUUUACAGAGUACGUGAAUGAUUUUUAAUUUUACAGGACAUUCGGUCUGGUAAGCAGUCUAGCAUUACCAGACCAGCGAUUUUUUUCUACCCACCGGUACCGAUUCGAUUGGGAAAAAAUAGCGUCAAAAUCGAACAAAUUGGGAAUUUUCUACCAAUGUAUCGACAAAUGAUUUCAACUAAAAGAACAAAACAAGAAUGAAAUAUGCCCGGCCGUAUUCCAGUAAAGCGAAGCAAAACCUACACAACUCCCCGACGUCCCUUUGAGAAGGAACGUUUGGACCAGGAGUUGAAACUGAUUGGAGAGUUUGGUCUCAGAAACAAACGAGAAGUAUGGCGUGUCAAAUACACACUGGGAAAAGUGCGUAAGGCUGCUAGAGAGUUGCUUACCCUUGAUGAGAAAGAUCCAAGAAGGCUUUUUGAAGGUAAUGCCUUGCUGAGAAGACUUGUGAGGAUUGGUGUGUUGGAAGAGGGCAAAAUGAAACUUGAUUAUGUGUUGGGUUUGAAAUUGGAAGACUUCUUGGUGAGAAGGUUACAGACACAGGUCUUCAGAUUGGGACUGGCCAAGAGUAUCCAUCACGCCCGAGUCCUUAUUAGACAGAGACACAUAAGAGUAAGGAAGCAAGUGGUGAACAUCCCAUCUUUUAUUGUGCGACUCGACUCUCAGAAACACAUUGAAUUUUCUCUUAAAUCACCAUAUGGUGGUGGACGUCCAGGUACAGUAAACACGUGUAUAAUAUUAAAGAACUUUCAGGGCACCCCCAAAUGGUGGAUGCCCUAUACUAAAGUAAUCGCUCAAGUUUUCUGAUACAGUAUAGUUUAGGAAGAGCAGAAAGGGAUACCCCAAAAUUGCAAUUCAACAAUCCCAGAGUUUUGACUAGGGUGGGUCUAAAAAGGUCAUAAUAGUGUUAAUAUUAUAUUAUAAAGUCUUUCAUCUGUGUGGGCAUUUUCAGGGGCUUUUAUGUUUUAUGAACACAUCUUGUUGAUGCUGCAAAUAGAUAUUGAAAUUUAUUAUCGUUAUACAUUGAAUAGCUUAAUUACAUGCAAUACAAAAUAUUACAAAGCACACAACACAAAUUAAUAUAUUUGAAUUAUUCUCCAUAUAUACACAUACAUUCAAAUACAUACAAACAUGUUCAUAUUAUUUUUUACAAUAUGAAUAUAGAGAAAGAUUUGAAAAGUCUCUAUAUUAUAAAUAUAGCGGUCCCUUUCUGGCUUAUUGUUCUAGUCUGUAUUGGUGCAUUUUAUGGUGGUUUUGAUUUCAGGAAGUAUUGAAUUUCGCAUCAAAUAUUAUAGAUUUUAAAAAUCAUUCUUAAAAGCACAGAAAAUUAAGGUAUAUUAUUAUACAGAAACUAAAUUUUGAUGAUUCUUAUAGUUGAUUGUCAAUAUAAACUAAUUUAAGAAAGACAACUCUUGAUGGAUUACUGAUCUAUACAUUAUGGUCAGAUUUGCUCCCCAUAAUCAAUUCAAAAAGGGUGUUGGUGUUGAAAGCAUUUAUCCAAUUUUAUCUGAAAUUGAACCAACUCUUUAAAGUCCAAUAGUGCAGCAAUUGGGAGUUCCUUCAGCAGUCUGUUUUAACAAAAUACAUUUAAUGAGAUGUAAUAAUAAAUAUACUGGUUUUUUUUUAGGUCGUGUUAAGAGGAAAAAUGCCAAGAAGGGAACUACGGAAGAAGAGGAAGAUUAGAAUGUACAUUAUUCUGACAAUAAACUGUCACCUCUUC